AGUUUCGAGCUCUUCUCUUUAAGUGAGCGGAAACCCUAGCAGUAACAGGUUGCGUUCAGCUGCGACACAAUGGGUGCCUACAAGUAUGUUUCGGAGCUAUGGAGGAAGAAGCAGUCAGAUGUUAUGCGGUUCCUUCAGAGGGUGAGGUGCUGGGAGUAUCGCCAGCACCCGUCGAUCGUUCGGGUCAACCACCCUACUCGCCCUGACAAGGCUAGGCGCUUGGGAUACAAGGCCAAGCAGGGUUAUGUUGUCUACCGUGUCCGUGUCAGACGUGGAGGCAGGAAGAGGCCAGUUCCCAAGGGUAUUGUGUAUGGUAAGCCCACCAACCAGGGUGUUACCCAACUCAAGUUCCAGAGAAGCAAGAGGUCUGUGGCUGAGGAGCGUGCUGGAAGGAAGCUUGGUGGUCUCAGGGUCCUAAACUCCUACUGGAUCAAUGAGGAUUCCACCUACAAGUACUUUGAGGUCAUUCUUGUCGAUGUGGCUCACAAUGCCAUCCGCAAUGACCCGAGGAUCAACUGGCUCUGCAACCCCGUCCACAAGCACAGGGAACUGCGUGGUCUCACCUCUGCCGGAAAGAAAUACAGAGGUCUCCGUGGAAAGGGACACUUGUACCACAAGAACAAACCUUCUCGCAGGGCCACAUGGAAGAGGAACAACACCCUGUCCCUCCGCCGAUACCGUUGAGCUUAGUUGGAUGUGUUUCUUAUCAUUGUUGUGUUUCUGUCUUGCCGAAUUUUGUCUGGCGAACAUAUUGCUUGUUUUCACGAACUGAAAAUUUUGGAUAUUGGAAGGAAUAUCUUUAGUAUGAUACAUUUGGACACACCCUCUUGAAUUAAUAUCCCAGGUGAGAUGAAGAUCCCUCUUUUUGCUGCUGUGCAGUAGUAUAUUACUUCUAUAUAUGCUUCAUUGUGUGUAUAAGCCUUGCUGAUUUUCUGUAUUACGAGCUCGAGUCAGUCGUCUUGAAGGUGUUUCCAUCGUUGAAAAUCAUGAAUUGCAAAUUUCACGAUGUAGCUUUCACUAUGCGAUCGCCCAAAUUUCAAAUAAGUCAGGUGGUAUCAGAAUUGUUAGGAUUUGAUUUCUUCAGCUAGCAGAGUGUUACUACUUACUAGUAAACAACUGCGGAUUCUACCCAAAAAAACAGUAAAAAUAACAUUUUGUUACUGAGAAUCCUAAAUCGUGUUAUGUUUAGUCACUAGAAAAAAUUAAUAUCAAUUUUGAUCACUUGAAUUACUAAAAAAGGUCACAUUUAGUCACUCUCUCUUUAGCCUCCGUUCAACUCCGAUCAUUCGAAUUACUUUUUUUUAUGAAUGUCACUCGAAUUACUGAAACAUGUCACAUUUAGUCACAAUCCGUUAGCAACGGAGUUGGACGGAAACUAACGGAAGAGUGACUAAAUGUAACAUGUUUAACUAAUCCGAGUGACCAAAAUUGAUAUUAAUUUUUUCUAGUGAUAAACAUGACAUGGUUUAGUAAUCUUAGUGACCAAAUGUAUUUAAAAAAAAAAAAAAGUAUACAACUACGGAAAAUUUCCAUGGUUGUUCGCAAGCAAGAGACUGUUUUAACAUCGGUUUAUAUUAGCGGAACUAAGCUUCACAAAUGGAGAUUAGGAAUCGUUUUGGUUUUGGUGAUAGUUAAUUAGAUUAAUUGUCAUCAAUGUAAGUAUAAUAAUAUACAUGUAUAUAAGGAUGACAAUCAAACCCAUGGUCCUCCCGACCCAGUCAAUGCGGGGAAUCCCCGCUUUGCCCGGGUAUGGGUAAAACCUGCAAAAAGUUUGAUGGGUAUGGGGCGGGUUUGGUUUUAGCCUCCCCCGCCCCAUACCCAUUAGGUGUGUUCAAACGGUGUGGUCACCAUGGUAACCGUUUUAACCAGUACUAUUUGGAUAACUUGGUUUGGUUAAUUUGGAUAAUUGGUUUGGUUUGGUUAAAGUUUUUAGCUUGUUUGGUUUAGGUGGUUUGGUUUCAGACACUCCUAACCAGCCAAACCAAAUUAACCAGAUAAAUAAUUAGCCAUAUAUCUAAUAUAUACACAUACUUAAUACUUUGAAUAACCACUCAAGAGUUAAACGUUCAUCCCUUUUAGACUCAUAAAAUAUAAAGCUUGAUAUUGUUCCUAUAAUGUAUAUUUGUAUAUGUAGAGUGUAGACCACGACAUAUGAACGUCUAAUUUAAAUAAAUCUCAUACAUUGUAUUAGAUGAAAACUUGAAAGCAAGAUCCUUUUCAGCGUAUGAAAAUUGCUAAAAGACUAUGUCAAUUCAAACACAACAAUUCAUUAACCCGUAUCAUUGUGAUAAAUUUUUGUUAGGUGAAUACUUCUAUACUAGCCGUAAGAUAAUUGUCUUAGUUGCAUGUAUUUAUGUUAAGUGUCUACUAUAACUAUGUGUUGAUUGUUAUGUUUUAUUCAUUAUAUAAAUUGUGAAUGGAUAAAUUAACCGAAAAUUUUCUCACUUAAUGAUAAUGUGAUUUUAUAUUGGUUAAUAUGGUUAUCCAAUUAACCAAACCGAUUAAACAUUAGUUUGGUUAAUUUGGUUGUUAUAUUAGUUUGGACGGUUUGGUUAUGAUAUUGUAUUCCAUGGUUAAUGAAAUUUAGCCUUAUUU